AGGUACUUCCUUUUACAGAUUCUUGGCAGUUUAUGUGAAGGCAACAUCCCUCAUGACACGAUCGCUGUCUCUGGGCAUCGAAGGCAGCGCCAACAAGAUCGGCGUCGGCGUCGUCGACCAGACCGGAGCGGUGCUGUCGAACGUCCGCGAGACGUACAUCACGCCCGCUGGCACCGGCUUCCUCCCCCGUGAAACUGCCAUCCACCACUCCCAGCACGUUCUGCAGCUUGUCCAGCGUGCCUUACAGGAGGCCGGCGUGGCCCCGGCGGAGAUCGACGUCAUCUCUUACACCAAAGGCCCCGGCAUGGGCGCUCCGCUCUCGGUGGGGUGCACGGUGGCCAAAGCCCUUUCCCUCCUGUGGGGCAAACCGCUGGUCGGGGUGAACCACUGCGUGGGACACAUUGAGAUGGGCCGCGUCGUCACCCAGAGCGCGAACCCGGUGGUGCUGUACGUGAGUGGCGGCAACACGCAAGUCAUCGCUUAUGCCGACCACCGCUACCGCAUCUUUGGCGAGACGAUCGACAUUGCUGUGGGCAACUGCCUCGAUCGGGUGGCGCGCCUCCUCGGCAUCUCGAACGACCCGGCGCCCGGCUACAACAUCGAGCAGAAGGCCAAGAAGGGUCGGGUGUACAUCCGACUGCCCUACACCGUGAAAGGGAUGGACAUGUCCUUCAGCGGGCUGCUCUCCUACGUGGAACAGCUGGUGCGCCACCCACAGUUCACCGAGAGGGGCGUCUGCGACCUCCCCGACCGCAGGCGCAAGGCCCAGCCGCUGACAAACGUCCCCGUCCCGCCAAACGAAACCUUCAACGCGGACGACAUCUGCUUCUCCUUACAGGAGACCGUCUUUGCGAUGCUGAUUGAGGUGACGGAGCGCGCCAUGUCGCAGGUCAAGGCAUCCGACGUGCUCGUCGUCGGCGGGGUUGGGUGCAACGAGCGACUGCAGGAGAUGAUGCGGGAGAUGGCAGCGGAGCGCGGCGGUCGCUGCUUCGACAUGGACCAGCGGUACUGCAUCGACAAUGGGUGCAUGAUCGCCUACGCCGGUGUGCUGCAGUUUCUCAGUGGCUCCUUUACAACGAUGGCGGACGCCACGAUUACCCAGCGCUUUCGCACCGAUGAGGUGCACGUGACCUGGCGCGACUAA